AUGGCAAAUUUAUAUCUUCUGAUGUUGGUGUCACUUUCAGAUUGUUUGUGCAAUGUUCCUGGUUCUGAAUCAUCAGCUGGUGGGAGCUGCAAUGCUACAACAGGACAGUGUACAUGUAAAGCAAAUGUGAUGGGGUUGAAAUGUGAUACUUGCAAGACAGGAUUCCUUAAUCUGCAAGCAUCAGAUGUUGACGGAUGUGAACCUUGUAACUGCAAUGUUGAUGGAUCUACUGCAGCAUCGAUGGGUGCAUGUAAUGAUACUGGUCAGUGUGAUUGUAAGGCCGAUGUGGUUGGCCUGAAAUGUGACACUUGUCAAGACGGGUUCUUUCUGACUGGUAGUGAUUUUGCUAAUGGCUGUCAACAAUGUGGUUGCUCCCUGUCGUCUGCAGUAUCACUGUCAUGUAACCAGUUAACAGGACAGUGUCCUUGUAAAUCUGGUUUGACUGGUCGCACUUGUGGCAUCAUCGAAGACUUCCACUGGUUGCCUUUCUUAGAGGGUCUCAUCUAUGAAGCAGAGUCUGCUUGGCUUAGUGGAGGAGCCAUGGUUGAGAGACGAGUCAGUGAUCUUAGCAAGUUUACUGGAACGGGUGGAGUGAGAAUGAGAGGUGAUGGUAAUCGCAUUACGUUUCGUGUGACCGUUCCACAGAGAUCAAUUCAGUAUAGACUGAUUAUUCGUUAUGAGGUGAGCAAUUGUUGCUUGGGCUUGUCAGAGUUAGAGUAA